AUGUACAAUCCAAGGUUGGUGGACACUGUGAUUCAGUUGCUUUUGAGAAUUCUCAAAAGCGACAUGUACAAUCCAAGGUUGGUGGACACUGUGAUUCAGUUGCUUUUGAGAAUUCUCAAAAGCGACAUGUACAAUCCAAGGUUGGUGGACACUGUGAUUCAGUUGCUUUUGAGAAUUCUCAAAAGCGACAUGUGCAAUCCAAGGCUCGUGGACAAUGUGAUUCAGUAUCUUUCUGCACUGCUUCUCACCUGUGCAAUCCCUGCCGUGCACUCUGCCUUUCGUCCUGCCAUGCUUUCUGCCAUUUCUCCUGCCAUCCCCCCUGUCUCUCCUCUUUCCAUUCCCCUGUGGCGCCAUUCGGAGGCACCAUUCUGUUCCUGA